AAACGGCAAACACCCUACUUUCUCCUUCCCCCAUUUUCCUCGUCGACUCCUCCGUCCAUUUGGCGUUCAGUUCAGAGCAUCUAAUCUCAGUAAAAACCCUAAACCUAAUUACUCAAAAUUUAGAGCGAUGUCCGUUCUGAUCGUGACUAGCGUGGGCGACGUCGUGGUGGAUCUUCACGCCGAUCGAUGCCCUUUGACCGCAAAGAACUUCCUCAAGCUUUGCAAGAUGAAGUACUACAAUGGCUGCUUGUUUCACAAAGUUGAGAAGGAUUUCAUGGCGCAGACCGGUGACCCUACCGGCACCGGCGCCGGAGGUGACUCCGUCUACAAAUUCCUCUAUGGUGAACAGGCUCGCUUUUUUAAGGAUGAAAUUCAUCCAGACUUAAAACAUUCUAAAAUGGGGACUGUAGCAAUGGCUAGUGCUGGUGAGGAUUGCAAUGCUUCUCAGUUCUACUUCACUCUGCGUGACGAUAUUGAUUAUCUGGAUGAAAAACACACGGUAUUUGGGCUUGUUGAAGAAAAAGAAGGCUUAGAUACCUUGGCAAAGAUAAACGAAUCACUUGUUGAUGAUAAAGGCAGACCAUUUAAAGACAUAAGGAUUAAACAUACAUACAUUUUGGAUGAUCCAUUUGAAGAUCCUCCUCAGCUUUCUGAAUACAUUCCUGAUAAGUCUCCAGAGGGCAAACCACAUGAUGAGACAGCAGAGGAGCGCCUGGAAGAUACUUGGGUGCCCAUGGAUGAAAAAUUAGCACCAGAAGAACUUGAGGAGUUGAUUCGUGCUAAAGAUGCUCAUACUAAUGCAGCUAUUCUAGAGAGUAUAGGAGACAUCCCAGAUGCUGAGAUAAAGCCACCGGAGAAUGUCUUAUUUGUUUGCAAACUUAAUCCAGUCACUCAGGACGAGGAUUUAUUUACAAUAUUUUCUCGUUUUGGGACCGUAACAUCAGCUGAUAUAAUUCGUGAUUAUAAGACUGGAGAUAGCCUAUGCUAUGCUUUUAUUGAGUUUGAAACCAACGAGGCAUGUGAACGGGCUUUUUUCAAGAUGGACAAUGUGUUGAUUGAUGACCGCAGAAUACAUGUGGAUUUCAGCCAAAGUGUUUCCAAAUUGUGGAACCAAUACAGACAUGGUAAAGGGAGUCAAGAUCGUAAAGGUGGCUGCUUCAAGUGUGGUAAUACUGAUCACAUUGCCCGGGACUGUCAACAAGGCUCCAAUAACAAGCAGCAAGGACCAAAAUAUGUUCUGAAAAAUGAUCAGACCCAACACGGCGGAGAUGGUCGCAAGAGGUAUGACAUGGUGUUUGAUGAAGAUCUGGAAGACAAAAAUAUUAGAUAUGAUGAUAAAAAUAGAGCUGACGAGAGAGCAGAUGACCGAGCACACAGAGAUCACAGGAGAAGCUUGGAAAGCAGUCACCGACCGAAGGAUGAGAGAGAUUAUAGGAGAUCUGAGAGCGAUAGGUAUAGGAGAGAGGAUUACCAUGAAAGAAAGAGGAGAGAUCGAGAUGAUGCAUGUGCAAAUAGGGAAAGAAAAAGAAGGAGACCGAGAUGAUGAUAUGUCCCUGGAAAGAAAGAAAAGAGAUCGAGAUGAUAAUAAGUACAGGGAAAGA